GUCGCCAUAGCAACUAUCAGACACGACUCAUCCACGAUGGGCGGAGUCACCAUCGAGUCAAGUCAGCCAUCAAGAUUCAGUGUUGGUGGAGAGGGGUGCUGGUGAGGAGAUGGUACAGGGAGGCGAGAGGGAGAUGCAGGAGAGUCGACGUGUCCCUACUUUACAGACCCACCUGCCCUGCGCUCCAGGUUCUACCACAGGAGACUUGCUUCACUCACUUCUAGGAUGGUGGAGUCUUGUGCCCAGAGUAGCUCUGCUGCAGAGGGAGUGUUGGCUGCGGCCGAUUCAGCUCUAGCCACAGCCAGAGCCGCCAUGAGGACAUUGGACUGCCAUGCAGCUCUCUCCUCCAUUGACUGGUCCUCUCUCCAGAUAAAAGCCAGAGAAACUGCGUCAACUUCUGAAUGUCCAAUCUGCAUUGCUCCUCUCCUCCCUCCCCAAGCCACGCCCACUGGCCACGCCCACAGAGAUCGUCGUCGUCCGAUAAGCCUCCUGUCGUGUGGUCACAUGCUCCACCAGACUUGUGUCUCUUCUCUGGAGAGGUUCUGCACUACUGAUGGAGAGCUCUCCCUCUGCCCACUCUGUAGAGCUCCCUAUCUCAGACAAACUCUAAAUUUUAUACAGUAGCCCCGACAAAAUUGUAUUUUUUGGCCCACCCGAAACAAAUUUGCGAUUUAUUUUAGGACAAUCCAGAGGAAGUGGGCGGAGUUAUUGCUCGCGCGAGUGGUGGUGCAGUGUGGGCGUGUUAGCUAGUGUAGGAGAAAGUAAUGGCCCGGCUGUUUGUGGAGGCUCUACUGAUCCUGGGCUCCGUGGAGAUCUGUCUGCCGUCUCAACAAGACGUUCGCUGGGUUGUGAAGGUACCUGCAGGGAGAUCACGUGAGGCAGCGGCCAUACGGCUCGCGGAGGAACGCGGCUUGGAAUACGUGGGUCCGGUGGAGCCUUUCCCCGACCUGUUCGAGCUGCGACUGUCCCGUAAAACGGUGGAGUCUCGCAGUGUGGACCAUGGGAUCGGGCAACUGGACGACCCGUCUGUUGAGGACGCCGUUCAUGCGGAGUUAUCGGGUCAUCCAGCAGUGGAAUGGGCCAGUAAGCAAGUCCCUCUCAAACGAAUGAAGAGAGAAUUCAUAGAUCCAGCUUUUCCUCGUCAGUGGCACUUGGUUAAUCGACUUGAGAAGGGUCACGAUACGAACGUGUCUGGAGUGUGGAAGGAAGGAGUUAACGGAGCCGGGGUGACGGUAGCUGUUGUUGACGAUGGUAAUAUCUCUAUCUUUUACGCAUGUUAGUUACCAUGACAACUCCCAUAGGUGUGGAAUGGCGUAAUCCUGACCUGAGAAACAAUUACAAUGCUGAUGGUAGUCAUGACUACAAUGAUAACGACAAAGAUCCGUCUCCAAACCUAAAAGCCAAAUACGACAAUUCCCACGGAACAAAAUGUGCAGGACUGAUAGCUGCUGGAGCUAACGACAUUUGUGGGGUGGGUGUGGCUUACGGAGCCAAGGUUGCCGGGAUACGAAUGCUGGACGGCAUGGUAACGGACCUGCUGGAGGGAAAGUCUUUCAUCUUCAAAGCUCACGUCAACUGGAUUUACAGCUGCAGCUGGGGUCCCGAGGAUGACGGGAAAACAGUGGAAGGUCCAGGCUACGUUGCCAAGGAAGCCAUGGAACUGGCAAUAAAAAAGGGUCGCUAUGGCUACGGAAACGUGUUUGUGUUUGCCUCUGGUAACGGAGGGAUAAACGACGACAAUUGUAACUUUGAUGGAUAUGCAAAUUCAAUCUUCACAAUCACCAUCGGAGCUGUUGAUGAGCUGAAUUCCAUGCCGUACUAUGCCGAGCUGUGCUCUGCCAUGCUUGCCGUCACCUAUAGCAACGGCCACACCCAAGGAGACAGAAUGGUGGUAACGACAGAUGCCAGCAGUCACAAGGGGUGCACCUACACUUUCUCCGGGACCUCUGCAUCUGCUCCCAUCGCCUCGGGGAUUAUCGCUCUCAUGCUGCAGAUUAGAAACUGUCUUACUUGGAGAGACGUGCAACACAUCAUUGUCUACACAGCUGUCAUGGUGGAUGCUGGCCACGCCCAGUGGGCGGAGAAUGCCGCCGGGUUUCACCAUAGCAACCAGCACGGCUUUGGACUACUAGACGCUUACAGAAUGACCCGUGUUGCCGGGCUGUGGCAACUUGUCCCGCCCUCAGUUCACUGGCGUUCACCACAUGAAAAACCCUCACAUCCACUAACUGCCAACCAACCAGUCACACUCGCAAGAAAUGUGACCAGAGAUGAGUUGCCAGUUGACCUUCUGACCCUGGAACAUGUGACUGUCACAUUGUCCAUCUCUCAUUCGUAUCGCGGUCUUCUCCACAUCUACCUAGUAUCACCUCAGGGAACCAACUCCACAUUAGCCACCCCCAGAAAACAAGACAGAUCAGGAGAUGGACUGAAAGACUGGACAUUCUCCACUGUCAGGUUCUGGGCCGAGUUGCCAUGGGGACCGUGGAGACUGGUCGUCUCACAGUCUGGUGGUAGUCAUGACGACAGUGGCGUCGUUAAUGGUUGGACUCUGACCCUGUACGGCUCGGCCAUCGACAGGGACAAUGUGUUGUUACGGCAACAGCUGGUGGAGGAUUCUGUGACCACACCCACCUGGACCCCUAUACCUUGCCCCGCCCUCCCCGCCCACCCCGAGGAGCUUCACCUUCCUGAACUGGACACACCCUUCCUGCCUGUUGUGGGUUCCUCCCUCUUCUCCCCCCAUUUUAUCUCGUCGUAAACACCAGAUUUUGUUCAACGGUUUUGCAUUUAUUAAAGAGAGAUUCCAAAAUGAAAUGACAAACCAACAAUGCCUAACAGUUUGACUAUAGUUGGAGGUUGGAAUAGCGAUACUAUCUAGCUGUACCUAAACACUUAUUUUUCUAGCAAUUUCCUUCAUUAUCACCCCUUCCGACAAGGGUUUGAACAGUUUUGCAUUUGUUGUACGCACAUGAGUAAACGAAACGACAAACCAACAAUGCCUAACAGUUUGACUAUAGUUGGGGGUUGGAAUAGCGACACUAUCUCGCUGUACCUAAAUUCUAGCAAUUUCCUUCAUUGUCACCCCCCCUCUCCCUCACUCCACAGUGGAAGCAGGUGCUACUGGUGAUAGGGUGUGUCCUCAUCUUUGUACUGGUGGUUCACUGUCAUCGGGGAGAAGGUCUGGAGAGCAAACAAGACCAGAAGACUCUCCUCUCUUCCAUCAGUCUCCUACUCAAGACUCAACAAUACACAGGGUGAUGAUGUCAUCGAAGACGUGGUCAUACAAAACAACGACCAACAACAAAGGAUUGAAGAUCCACCUGCUGACAGUCCAACCACCUCACCUUGCCCAGCCCAUUACCACACCUCCCUAGACAACCACGUGACACAAGGGGUGGAGUCAGAUGAAGAGGAAGGGGCAAGAGUUGACAUCAUCAAAAAUAGCACACCAGAGCAACAGCCUUUGUUGUCAUGACAAUCAUUCCACAUACGCACAGGUCUAUAUGCAUUUCCACUGCUCCUUCAAAACUGUUCUUUUUAAUGCCCCCCACCACUAAAACGAACUACAGUUUAGUUUCUGUAUAAAUCCCGAAUUGAUCAAAAAUUCAUCAAAAAUUUGCUGGAUAAUAAUAUUGCCUACACCAAAAAAUCUAUCAAGUGAUACAAAAAUUG